AUGGAGCAUUCUUCAAACGCGAGCAACGAGAAGAGCAAAGGACUCGACUAUAUCGAACAUGCUACAGAUGAAGUUUCAUUCGAAAGGGUCAAUGCGAAGGUAGACGACUUUGGUAGAAAUAUCAAUAGUGAUGUAGCGGAAAAGAGGCUCGUCAGGAAGUUAGAUCUGUAUAUUCUUCCUAUUCCUUGGUUCAUGCUCUUCUUCAACUUCCUAGAUCGAGAUGCGAUCGUGAAUGGCAAGCUCGACGGGUUGGACGAGCAGUUACAUAUGAAAGGAUAUCAGUAUAACACCUGUGUAGCGAUAUUUUCCGUGGGUUAUAUAGCCGGACAGGUCCCGUCUAAUAUGAUUAUAAACCGGGUUCGCCCGUCAUAUUUCAUGGCCGGGUUUAUGACAGCAUGGUCCAUCACGACUCUAUGUACGUUCUUAGUGCGCGACUACACGACGAUGUUGAUCGCACGCUUAGUACUUGGUUUCGUAGAAUCGCCGUUCUCUCCCGGGAUGCUAUAUAUGCUAAGCAUGUUCUACACGAGGAGAGAGAUUGCCACACGGAUAUCGAUAUUUCACACAGGCAACAUGGCAGCAAGUGCUUUUUCUGGGCUGGUCGCUGCCCCUAUCUUUACGAAAUUAGGGGGCGUCUGUGGUCUUGCUGGAUGGCAAUGGUUAUACAUCAUCCAGGGGUCGCUCUCGACAGUAGUUGCCAUAGUCGGGUUCUUUUUCUUGCCAGACAGCCCACUUAAGCAUCGGUGGCUGACUCCAGAAGAGCGACAGUUAGCCCAUGACCGUAUUAUUAAUGAUAACACAGAGAAGCGUGAAGGUACUAUGAGCGUUAUGAAAGGUUUUAAAGAAGCUGUGCUUGAUUAUAGAACCUGGUUGUUCUGUCUGGCGUUAAAUCUUCAUAUGUCUAGUCAUGGUUUUCGGAGCUUUCUACCAACUGUCGUCAAAAACCUCGGCUUGGACACCACGAUGGCCCUCGUUCUUACCUGCCCUCCCUAUGUCCUCGGUGCUCUGGUAUCGAUCGCCGUUUGCUGGUCUAGCGGUCGCUUUGACGAGCGAACAUGGCAUAUCACGCUCUCAACAGCAGUCGGUAUCAUCGGAUAUGUCAUCAGCGUGGCGACACUUAACACUACGACUCGCUAUGUGGGGAUCAUGAUCUUUGUGGGAGCUACCUACGGUGUAAAUAAUAUCAUCUUGGGGUGGACAAGCUCGAUCUUAGGCCAGUCAGACGAGAAAAAAGCUGUUGCUAUUGCUAUGUGCAAUAUGUUUGGUAAUAUUGCCUCGGUUUACACUCCUUACCUGUGGCCGGAUUCAGAUGCGCCGCAAUUUAUCAAGGCUAUGUCAGCAUCUAUUGGUUUCUCAGCAGGAGUCGUUAUCUGUGCUUGGCUAUUGCGAGCUGUGAUCAUGAGGACGAAUAAGAGGAUACGACAGGAUAGCUUAUUUUUCUAG